CUUCGCAUCAUUCAGCAGACAUAGGUACCCGGGUGUGGUGGCGUGUUUUUAAAUUCAGUGAAAAGAUAUUCUUAAGGAUUUUGAUUGACAAGUUCAAGCAAAAACAACGGAAGUGUUUAAAAACCAAGUAAAAUCUCACAUUUUAUAAAAGAUAGCCAAUUUUGAAGCGCGCUUAUAACACAGUGUUUAAUCGAAAUUUUUUUCGGAGAAAGCAGGCCUAGAAUCAUACCGGCAAGCGUGACGUUAGCGUGUACAAUAAAAGUGAAGCUAGUCUAGAUACAUAAACCGCUAUUUCGUGAGCGCAGAGAGAAUUUGCACAAGCCCGCAUUGACGACUGUGUGCGUGUCGAAGUUCCACGUGUGAGAGAGAGUGAUUUCCCCUUCAUUCGCUGAGUGAAGUAAAUAAGUACUAGUCAUCCCAUUAGCAGGGAUUCAGUUUGAGGCUGUGCUUCAACGCGUUCGGAUUGGGAUUUUGUUGUUGUAAGCUCUACGUUCAGUGAUCCAUCCAUCCAGGAUAAUCCUUGACAACCCGGCUCUAACGUAGCUGGUCCUAACGGAAAGUGUGCGAUAACAGAUCCCAUAAUCAGGGUACAUAAAAAUAGAAGCGAGUGAGAUAAACAAAUGAUUAUAGAGAAGUGCUUGCAGUGAAAAUUUGCAAUCAGUAAUCAUUUUUUACUCGGAUCGCACAGCUUGAUAAAGUGGUGUGAUCGAGCGGUGUAACCAAGUGUGUUAGUGGCGCGUGAAAAUCCUUUCGAAGAUUCUGAACCGAAACGGAUCCAGUUGUCCGUCUAGCUAGCUCAGUCUAUUUCCGAACGUGUCAGUAAGAAGGUGUGCCCACAGGUGAUCCUUCGGGUUGCUAUUUACUGGAAGUGAGUGCUGCAACGAUCAUUUGCUAACUGAAACGGCAAUUGUCGUUCGCCAGCGGUUUCCAAACAGGACAAGUCGCCGACUGAGACGUGACCGAGUACAGCGGAUUGUACCGCCAUUCCUUCUCGCGGAAAACGCUCCCACAAAAAGAAAACAAGACGCAACCAAAACACAACAAUGCCAGCUCGCUUCGAGGACGUCGCUGCUGACACCCGGCGCGGUGUUCCCAGGGACCUGGGAGAACGCUACAAUGGCGGUCAGGUUCGGGAUGACAUCUGCAUCACAGGCUUCUCGGGUCGCCUCCCGGAAAGCUCCAACAUCGAAGAGUUCAAACAGAACCUGAUGGAGGGCAUCGACAUGGUGAAUGAUGACGACCGGCGAUGGCCGAAAGGUUUGUACGAACUGCCCACCAGGAUCGGCAAAAUCAAGAGUGAAGAUCUGCAAAACCUGGAUGCGGAAUUCUUCAAGAUUCACCAGAAACAGGCAGAGUGCAUGGACCCACAGAUGCGAAUGUUGCUCGAGUGCACCUACGAGGCUAUCAUUGAUGCGGGCAUCAACCCUCAGGAAAUACGGGGAAGCCGUACCGGAGUGUACAUCGGUUGUUCGAACUCGGAAACCGAACAGCACUGGUGCGCCGAUCCCGAUCUGGUCAAUGGGUAUGGUCUGAUCGGUUGCGCCCGAGCGAUGUUCGCCAAUCGACUAUCGUACACGUUUGACUUCAAGGGACCCAGCUACGCGGUUGACACGGCGUGUUCGAGUUCCCUGAUUGCUAUGUCAACAGCGUUUGCCGAUAUGAAGGCCGGACACUGUGACGCUGCCAUCGUGGCUGGCUGUGGAUUGAUUCUGAAACCGACGAUGUCUUUGCAGUUCAAGAGACUGAAUAUGUUGGGUAAAGAUGGCACUUGCAAAGUCUUUGAUGAAUCGGGCAACGGAUACGUACGGUCGGAUGGGUGUGUUGUAACUUUCUUGCAGCGAGCUUCUGAUUCGCGACGUAUUUACGCUAGUGUUCUUAACGUUCGAAUUAACACCGACGGUUACAAGGAGCAAGGCAUUACGUUCCCCAACGGUCAAAUGCAGAAACAACUGAUCAAAGACACCUACGAGGAAAUUAACUUGAACCCAGCGGAUGUGGUGUACGUGGAAGCUCACGGAACUGGAACAAAAGUCGGCGACCCACAGGAAGUGAACGCCAUUACUGAUUUCUUCUGCAAAGAUCGCAAGGCUCCUCUGCUGAUCGGUUCGGUCAAGUCUAACAUGGGUCAUUCGGAGCCAGCUUCCGGUGUGUGCUCAAUCGCAAAAAUGUUGAUUGCUAUGGAAGCCGGAAUCAUCCCUGGUAAUUUGCACUACAAGAACACCAAUCCAGAUUUGUACGGUCUCGUGGAUGGACGAGUGAAAGUGGUAGACCGCAAUAUGCCAUGGAAUGGCGGCAUCGUCGGUCUAAACUCGUUUGGUUUUGGUGGUGCCAAUGCGCACGUAAUUUUGAAAUCUCAUCCUAAACCAAAGCCAAUCAGCCCGAAGGAUGGCUUUCCAAAGCUGGUUCUCGCCUCCGGUCGUACCGAAGAAGCCGUUGAAGCGUUCUUGGACUCAGCUGAAAAAAAUAAAGACGACGAAGAGCUGGUUGGCGUCGUCAACGAAAUUCACAGUAAAAACAUCCCGUUGCAUUUUCAUCGAGGCUACACAGUGGUUGGAGGUGGCCAAACUGUCCGGGAGGUGCAAGAACUUAACGAUGACAAGCGUCCGAUUUGGUUCAUCUACUCCGGUAUGGGUUCCCAGUGGGCCAGCAUGGCGCAACAAAUGAUGCAAGUGGAAGUCUUCAGUAACAGCAUCCAUCGUUGUGCGGAAGCUCUUCGCCCGGAAGGUGUCGAUUUAAUCGAUGUUUUGACAAAGAGUGAUGAGGCUAGGUUCGAAAAUAUCCUUAAUUCGUUUAUCUCGAUCGCUGCCGUUCAGGUUGCACUGACCGAUGUCUUGAACCAUGUUGGUAUCACUCCGGACGGCAUGGUAGGACACUCUGUGGGUGAGUUAGGUUGUGCCUAUGCCGAUGGAUGCUUUACACCCGAGCAAACAGUUUUGGCCGCAUACUGGAGAGGUCGUAGUAUUUUGGACACCCAAUUGAUCAAGGGUCAGAUGGCCGCCGUUGGUCUGUCGUGGGAACAAUGCAAAGAGCGUCUGCCAAAGGACAUCAUUGCCGCUUGUCACAAUAGCAGCGAUAGCGUUACGAUCUCAGGCCCGGUAGAUUCGGUCACCAAAUUUGUUGCCGAACUGAAUGCCGAAGGAAUCUUCGCUAAAGGUGUGAAAUCGUCCAACAUUGCUUUCCACAGUCGCUAUAUUGCCGAUGCUGCUCCUAAACUACGCAAAUCAUUGGACAAAAUUAUCCCCAAUCCGAAGAACCGUUCACAGCGCUGGAUCAGUACCAGUAUUCCGGAGGAAGCCUGGAAUACUCCGUUGGCGCAGCAAUCAUCCGCUUCCUACCAUGUGAACAACUUGCUGUCGUCGGUAUUGUUCGCGGAAGGUAUCCGACACGUUCCAGCCAAUGCAAUUUGCAUCGAAGUUGCACCCCAUGGUCUACUACAGGCAAUCUUGAAACGUGCGCUCGGCAAAGACGCUACUAAUUUGAGCCUAAUGAAACGCGGACACGAUAAAAAUGUAGUCUUUAUGCUGAGCAAUCUUGGAAAGUUGUACGCUGCCGGUGCUCAACCACAGGUCCAGAAGUUGUAUCGUCCCAUCUCGUACCCGGUUGGCCGUGGAACACCCAUGCUUAACUCCCUCGUCAAGUGGGAUCACUCGACCAAAUGGUUCCUGGCUAAAUUCGGAGUAGAAAAUCGAUCCGGUGAAACCGUUAUCGAUAUCAACUUGGACAAACCUGACGACGCAUACCUGGCUGGUCAUACCAUCGAUGGUCGUGUGUUGUUCCCUGCUACCGGUUACCUUACCUUGGCAUGGCGUACAUUCGCAAAAAUGCGAGGAGCUGAUAUGGAUAAAACUCCAGUGGUCAUUGAAAAUGCGGUAUUCCAUCGGGCUACCAUCCUGCCGAAGGAGGGUUCCGUAAAGUUCGGAAUUAACUUCUUCGACGGUACCGGAACAUUCGAAAUUUGCGAAGGUGGUUCAUUGGCGGUGUCGGGAAAAAUUUCAAUCCCAGAAAAAGUUGAGAAUGAAGAGUUGGACCUGUACAAGCUGGACGAUGACAAAUCGGGUAUCCCGAUGGGUCCUAGCGAUGUUUACAAGGAGCUACGUUUGAGAGGAUACGACUACGGUGGACUGUUCAGAGGUGUUACGAAGGCUGAUGCCAAAGCAGUCAAUGGAGAGUUGCAAUGGCAGGAUAACUGGGUGAGCUUCAUGGACACAAUGUUGCAGUUCAGCAUUUUGGGUAAAACCAUGAGAGAACUUUAUCUGCCGACGAGAAUCGAAAAGAUCGUGAUUAACCCAGCCCGUCACAUGGAUUUGAUGAACAGUUUCAAAUCUAAAAAUCAGGAUGUACCAGUAAGCGUUUACAGGAACAUUGAUGUUAUCAAGAGCGGUGGUGUCGAAAUGCGCGGUCUGAAAGCAACCUUGGCUCCGAAACGUUCCGGAACUCAGGCUCCCCCAACCAUAGAAAAAUAUGUUUUCGUUCCGAACUACAAUGAAAAAGAACUUGCAGAAAACGUCGAAAAGGCCAGACUCAGAUCAAUUUCGACUGCUGUUCACAUUGCCAUUGAAAAUAGUGCCGGUGCACUGAAAGUCAAGGUAGCCGAAGCCUGCUUCCAGCGGGCUCCUGAAAACACCUUGGCUGGAACCGUACAAGCAAUCAUCGAAGGUGAACCUACUCUGGUCAGCGAUGUGGCUGUGGUGACCAACUAUCAACCGGAUAGCCUGACCCAGCACUAUGGAGAAAGUGGUGUUCGUGUGGUAGCAAAAGAUGCUGCAGCGGGAGCAAUUGAACAGGGUUGUCACCUUGUUAUCUCCUACGACGUGUUAGGUCGUCCCGAUGGUCAAACGGUUCUCGGUAACCUUCGUGAAUCCAUCCGCGAAGAUGGAUUCAUCUUUUUGGAAGAAUCUCGUACCAAUUUCGAUGCUGGCAAGAAAGGAAAAGUCUUGUUUGACGCUCUCAAAUUGACCACUGUAUCCUACCAAUUCUGUGACAAAAAGGUUUACAUCCUCCUCCGUCCAACUAACGCUUACGAACAGCGUAAGAGCACCGUCAUCCAAGUUACGGAGAAGAACUUUGCCUGGUUGGAACCGCUUAAGGCAGCUCUGGCAAAGGCAGAGGAAACCAAUACCUUCGUGUACUUGGUUUGUCAGGGUGAAGAAUUGUUCGGUGGACAGGGUUUCAUCAAUUGUAUCAAGAAUGAAGCUGGUGGAAAGUUCGCUCGUUUAGUGUUCAUCCAGGAUAAGCGUGCAGAAAAGUUUUCGCUCACCGGAAAGCUCUAUGCGGAACAACUCCAGAAGGAUCUGAUUUGCAACGUGCUGAACGGCAAUGGCGUAUGGGGAACAUUCAGACAUCUUCGUCUGGAUAAUCAAACUAACAGCACAACGCUACAAGUGGAACAUGCCUACGUGAAUGCACUGACCAAGGGCGACCUGGCUAGUUUGAAAUGGAUCGAAGGUACACUUUCUCGUGAUAGACCCGAUCCAAAAGAUAAACGCGUAGAACUGUGUACUGUAUACUAUGCACCAAUCAAUUUCCGUGACGUAAUGCUCAGUUCGGGAAAACUCGGAGUAGAUGCUUUACCCGGUGACUUGCCCACACAAGAUUGUAUUCUGGGAUUGGAGUUUGCCGGUCGUGAUUCAUCCGGUCGACGUGUUAUGGCGAUGGUACCUGCCAAAUCGCUGGCUACGACAUGUAUUGCUCAUCGUAAUAUGAUGUGGGAAAUUCCGGAUAACUGGACCAUGGAGCAAGCUUCCACGGUUCCGUGCGUAUAUUCUACCGUCUACUAUGCUCUGGUGGUGCGUGGUCGUAUGAAGAAGGGCGAGUCUAUUCUGAUUCACGCUGGUUCCGGAGGUGUCGGUCAAGCUGCCAUCUCGGUCGCUCUGGCCGGAGGACUGACCGUGUUCACUACGGUGGGUAGCAGAGAAAAGCGUGACUUCCUGAAGCGUACCUUCCCGCAGCUGCAGGACAAACAUAUUGGCAACUCGCGCGACUGUUCGUUCGAGCAGAUGAUCAUGCGUGAGACACAGGGCCGCGGUGUGGAUUUGGUACUGAACUCACUGGCAGAUGAGAAAUUGCAGGCGUCAGUGCGUUGCCUAGGGUUGAACGGAAGGUUUUUGGAAAUUGGAAAGUUCGAUUUGAGCAACAACAGUCCACUGGGAAUGUCGGUGUUCUUGAAAAAUACCUCUUUCCAUGGUAUUUUAGUGGACAGCAUCAUGGAUGGCGAUGAGGAAACGCUCAGUCAAGUUGUGAAGCUGGUUUCCGAAGGUAUCAAGACUGGUGCUGUGCGACCUCUGCCGACCAGUGUUUUCGGUGAUCAACAAGUAGAACAGGCCUUCCGAUUCAUGGCAUCGGGUAAACACAUUGGCAAAGUUGUCCUGAAGAUUCGAGACGAGGAAAAAACGAAGACAGUGGUCCCAGCACCAAAAUUGGUAAAUGCCAUUCCACGAACAUAUAUGCACAAGGAAAAGAGUUACAUCCUGAUUGGUGGUUUGGGAGGAUUCGGUCUUGAACUCGCCAAUUGGUUGGUAGCUCGAGGUGCUACCAAAAUCGUGCUGACCUCGCGUAGCGGUGUCCGCACCGGCUAUCAAUCAUUGAUGGUUCGCCGUUGGAGUGAGCGAGGAGUAACGGUUUCAGUUGACACCAAUGAUGUGACUACAUUGGCGGGAGCUAAGAAAUUACUGCAAGCAGCAAAUAAAAUCGGACCGGUUGGAGGUGUUUUCAAUUUGGCAGCUGUCCUUCGGGACGGAUUACUGGAAAAUUCGACUGAAGCUGAAUUCAAAACGGUUUGCGUGCCGAAAGUUGAUGGAACUAAGAAUCUCGAUCAGGCAACCCGCGAGUUAUGUCCAGACCUAGAUUAUUUCGUAUGUUUCUCCAGCGUAUCUUGCGGUAGAGGAAACAUUGGACAAGUCAAUUAUGGUUUGGCCAAUUCAGCAAUGGAACGGAUCUGCGAAGCCCGGCAGGCAGUUGGUCUACCCGGAACUGCUAUCCAGUGGGGAGCCAUCGGUGAUACCGGAUUGGUACUGGAAAAUCUAGGUGACAAUGAAACCGUCAUUGGUGGAACUUUACCCCAACGAAUGCCUUCAUGCUUGCAGACGAUUGACUUCUUCCUACAGCAACCAUGUUCGGUAUUGGCUUCGAUGGUUGUCGCCGAAAAACGAAAGGCCGAAACGGGUGGCGUUGGGUUGGUCAGCUGCAUCGCCAACAUUCUCGGACUUAAAGAUACCAAGAAUGUUUCAGAUUCGUCUAGUUUGGCUGACUUGGGUAUGGAUUCACUGAUGGGGGCAGAAAUUAAGCAAACACUUGAGCGUAACUUCGACACGGUGAUGAGUGCGGCUGAUAUUCGCAUGUUGACGUUCGGAAAACUCAAAGCACUGGAAAGCGGCGGAGAGGUAGCUGGUGGAGCUACCACUGCAGCUGCAGCAUCACCAGAACCUAAACAUCAACAGCAAAAUGGCAUCGGGGAUGGAACCCAGGUCAAAUUCAGUUCCGAACUCAUGCCGUCCAAAUGUUUGGUCCAGCUUCAGUCCAAAGCUUCACCAAACAGUAAAGAUAAUCCAAUCUUCAUGGUCCAUGCUAUUGAAGGGGUGAUUACUUCGCUAAUACCGCUCGCAGAAACGCUGCCGGUUCCUGUAUAUGGCUUGCAGUGUGUAGCUGAAGCUCCACUAGACUCGCUUGAUGUCCUGGCAAGAUACUACGUCAAGCAGAUUCGAACGGUACAACCGAAGGGACCGUAUACGAUCGUCGGCUAUUCAUUUGGUGCUUCGAUUGCGUACGAAAUGGUUGCCCAACUGGAGGCUGUCAAGGAGAAGUGCUCUUUGCUACUGUUGGAUGGAUCUCCACGCUAUGUAAGCUGGUAUACUGAAGCCCAGAAGCAACGCAAUGCAAAUGGAGAGGUUGUGCAGGCCGAGGAUGAAGCUUAUGCAUUGGCCUACUUUGGUAUGGUCUGCGGCAACCUGGACUAUGGAAAAACUGCUCAUGAACUGAUGAGUCCUAAGACAUGGGAACUGCGAUUGCAGAAAUGUGCCGAAAUGGUUCGGGCAAAAAUGCCACAACAUUCACAAGAAUUGGUGGAAACUACAGCGAAGUCGUUCGUACAAAAAAUCGUUGCCAGUCAUAUGUACAAGCCUUCCUCAAAAAUCAGUGCUUCAGUGAAGCUGGUCAAACCAACGGAGAACUACGCCAAGCUCCAAGGAGAUUAUGGCCUGUCUGAGCUCUGCAACAAAGAGGUGAACGUCAUGACUGUAAAGGGUGAUCAUCGUUCAAUGUUGACUGGUGACUCCAUGCUGCAGAUUUCUAAAUUGCUUUCGGAACUGAUAUAGGUAUACACAUUGAAUAAGGCAUAUAUACAUUCAUACACGACACAUACGAACAUGUCAUCACACCGCUAUACUAGCGAAACCCAGUGAAUAAUCGUAACUUAUUUUCGUUAAUUUCUGUAUAGUCUAAACCUUCUUUCGAUUUUUACAUUAUAAAUGUACAAAAAUGUUUGUUUAAAACAAACACGAAAAAAUGAGCUAAGUAACAUGAGAUAGGAUCUUAUUCUAUAACAAAAACAUAUUAGGAAGGGAACUGACACUAGUGCUGCUUUUUAUGCAAUUAUAAAGUAAGGGUUAGUGUCACUUAUCUUUAUCUUUAUAAUAUGUCUGAUUUCUUUAUAGUUUUUGUAAAGAAAGAUUAAACCUAUGACAAACUUGAUUUUUGAUUACUGAUCCCUUCGAUAAAUGGAACCGAAAACCUUUUUCGAAAAAAAAGUACAUUCCACUCUAUAAAGAAACUCUUACCUAUGGUUAAGUAGAUAUUAGUUUUCGAAUGGGGAUUAGAUCCUAUCAAAUUCAGAUACUGAAUUUUGCACUACUUGAAGUUUAGAAAACUAUAAAUUAAAUCAUUGUUACAAAAAAAAUAAAAAUUCAUGCUGUAAAAUAUUUGAUCUUAGAACUUUACACAAAGUGUAUCAAAAUAAUUCUAACUUCUGAAUUUUCAUAUACCCAACGACGUUAGUAGAGAAUACAAAGAAAACAAUUUAAUAGAGGAUUUUACAAACAAGGGGCAUCCAGGUUUAGCUAAGUAAGAAACUAUAAAUAUAUCUGCUGAAUACAGCACUUUCAUCUCAAAAACAAAGGAGCAGAAUCCUGAACUAUUGGCAAACGAUACUCAAAGUAACAUAAAUAUGUAUAUUAAAAAAAACUGUAUCUGUCUGCACAGCCUCAUUCUCACCUGCAGCCGGGGAACGUAUGGACACUUCAAAAUGAACAAAGCACCAAAACCUUGCAUUAAAGAACAAAACAUGUUAUAAAAUAAUGUAAAUGUUCAUGUGAGAAAUGCACUAAAACUGUAGUAGUGAUCGAGCGUAAAUAAAAAUUUUUAAACGUGAA